UUCAGCUGCAUGGAAGAAGACCUUUGUCUUCUAGAGGGAGUCAACAUCACCAGCCCGGGGCUAUUAAUUCAUGGUACAGUUGGCAAACCUGCCUUGCUCUCCGUCAGAUAUACCACCACCAGCAGUGACAAACCUGUCAUUAAAUGGCAAAUGAAGCGUGACAAGGCAGUGACGGUGGUGCAGUCCAUUGGCACUGGGAUCAUUGGGAACCUGCGCCCAGAGUACAAAGAUCGGAUUAAAAUAUUUGAAAAUGGCUCCCUUCUGAUCCACGAGUUGCAGCUGUCUGAUGAGGGAACGUAUGAGGUGGAGGUCUCCAUUACUGAUGACACGUUUACGGGAGAGUUGAACAUUAACCUUACGGUGGACGUUCCGAUUUCCAAGCCUCAUGUUGCCCUGGCCUCUUCCACUGUUCUAGAGCUCAGUGAACAUUUCACUCUAAACUGCACGCAUGAGAACGGCACAAAGCCCACCUACACGUGGCUGAAGGAUAGCAAACCCCUCAGCAAUGACUCCCGGAUGAUCCUCUCCCACGAUCAGAAGGUGUUGACCAUCACCAGAGUCCUUAUGUCAGAUGAUGACACCUAUAGUUGUUUGGUCGAGAACCCCAUCAGCUAUGGGCGCAGCAUCCCCAUAAAGCUGACUGUGUACAGAAGGAGCUCUCUGUAUAUAAUCCUCUCCACGGGAGGGAUUUUCCUUCUGGUUACCUUAGUGACUGUCUGUGCCUGUUGGAAACCAUCUAAGAAGAAGAAACAGAAAAUGGAGAAGCAAAGCUCCUCUGAAUACGUGGAUCAGAAUGAGGAUCAAUUAAAACACGACGUUGAGAUUGUUCCUCGAAGUGGAGAACAUGAACGCAAGAAUCCAGUGGCUUUGUACAUCCUGAAGGACAAAGAUUCUCCAGAAGCUGAAGAGGAACCUUUCCCCGAUUCCCAAAACGCUGCCGAGCCCUCCCCGCCGGGCUACUCAAGCUCUCCACCUCCUCCUGGAAGAUCACCCGGGCUGCCCGUUCAUUCUGCCCGCCGAUACCACCGCUCCCCAGCCAGGUCCCCAGCCAGCUCCAGAACACACAUAUCUCCCACCAGGUCCCCUACCUCGCUGGGGCGCCCCCAAAACACCACGCGCAUGGUGCGGACUGCUGGGGUUCAUAUCAUCCGGGAGCAGCAGGGGGAGGGCAGCACUGUCGAAAUCAAUGCCUGACGGCAGCUGGCAAUAUGUGUAUACCUGUGUGUUUGUGUACAUUAGUGGGGAAGCCUCGCUGUGCCUGUGAAUGUUUCCAGGGGUAGCAGUGGGUUGGUCCCGGGUGCUUUAUUUGCACAUGAGAAUGCAUGUUUCCUAUUAUAGGGAAGAUUUCCUGGCCUUUGCUUAUAGAUAACAGUGAAUCACACAGUGCUCCACUGGCUGGAUGGACCUGCUUUACAAAGUUUGCUGUAGAUUUGAUGCUCCUGCUUCCAUAUCAUUUUAAAGGCACUAACUUGCUACUUGUUGUAACACCCAAGGAGCAGCACCUUUUCUUACAAAAGCUUGUUGCUUUCGAGAAGGAUGCUCAACUAAUUCCCAUAAAGCCUGGUAUUUCUGUCCAAGCCUUUUGAGACUUUUGUAUGCAUCGGUCAUUGAUGGGAGAAUACACCCAAUGGUGGACGGGAACGUAUCC